CCGGGUCGAGCGGGCUUUGAGUGUCGCGCGGAAUUCGCUGCGCAGUUCAACGAAUAAUCGCAGUGCCGAGAUGGCCGAUCAGCUGCGGCUUGUGCAGCGCUCAUUCUCACCACGAAACUUUAUCCGCAGAUUCAAAGCCCAGCAGCAGCGACAGCACCAUCUGCAGGGCGAUUACCGCGUAGUAAAGUCCCUUCCUCAUUCCAAUUACGAUGAGCGACCCGCGCAUGCUCCUCCUCCUCUUGGAAGCCGAGCAGUAGCAACUACAGCAGAGUCCGCGACGAGACUGAAAUCCUCACCCGCGUUCGAGGAUCCAUCGCUGUAUGGCUUUCAGCAUGAGGGGUGUCACGACGGUAUUGAUCACGACCCCGAUCACCACGCUGAAAGUCCAGCCUGGAGGGCGGAUCUCUACACGGUAGGAGAUGCGUUGCCGACGAACCCGCACACCCACGAUAGUUCUGGCACGAAUGCUGCAAACCGAGGUAUUAUUGUGCAGGACGUCGACCAAGUAGCUAGUACAUCAAAGCCACCUUACGUGGCACUUGCACUAAGGGAGGCUGCGGCUCUGCGCGCUGCAGAACGGGAGCGCGAGCGUAGAGUUGCCCAGCAAAAGCAAGAGAGUUUCUUGCUCCGGUCCACCCGCGUUUCUCGUUCUCCAGCUUCGCGUUACGAAAGUGGAUAGGUCUUACCCCGCCCUCUUCUUGGCCGACGUGCAUCUAACUUUGGCAAAAGAUAGAAACGAUUGCUAGGGCAAGAUAAAGAAUGCAGGAAAUUCUGGUGCAUAACUUUAACUACCUGUACCUAGACUUCUGUGGUUAGUUUUUUACUUGUGUCUUCCUCCGGAAACUGUCAUACAAAUAACACAGCCAAGUGCAAACGAAAUCAAAUGGGUAUCAUGGCAACCCAAAGUCACAGAAAAAGGUAGGACUAUGCAAAAGAAGCGGAGGAGGAGCUGUUCACUAGCAUACGCGUUCGCGACCGGAGACACCAGCCGGCGCGACUAGGAACGGCCUAUCGUUGUUUGGGAAUUCGGAUUGUUUUUCAUCUCAGCACCAUCAAGAGCAGCACGAGGUGCUUGCACCGGGAAAGAACUUGGAGCCCCAAACGCGAAGAAGUUGCAGCAGUAGAAGGAACCGCCUUGACCCGGUUUUUUUACCGCCCAACUCGUCGCCCCAGUCAGCUUCUUCUCACGAAGGAAGCCUUACUGUGAGCGUUGGCGCGCAAGGGUCGACAGAGCGAGUCAAUCUAAAGCGGUGGCGUCCAACCGACGGUACGCACGGCUUGAGCAGUCGUUCAGCGACUUCCGCCUCCGUACAUGCAUCCGUUUCCGGCACAACACUGCCAGCGCGAAGUGGCUCUCAACGUCGAGAGGGGCCGCCUCGCAGUGAAGUUGCAAUGCCCAAAACUACUUCCGAGCUCCUAGAAGAGCGCAGUCGUCCGAGAGAUCAUGAGGAGAGGAAGCAUCUUUUCUUGUCCAAGCCGCGACGGCCAUCACAACUGCAACUCUCUGCACACGAUGACGACUCGCAUGCGCAUUACAUAGAAGACGACCACCACGCAACCUCCUCAAAGACGCGACUGCGGACCGCUCCCCUGUUUGGGCACAAUCAUGCCAAUGGACCAGCUGUUUUCGGCCCGGUACAAGUGUUUUUUUUAUGUAACGCUGAAGGACAAGGCUUAGCCAGUUUCCGAAGCAUAGUUCUGUCGAAGAAGUAAGUAGCACUGCAGCUCCUCUAACUGACUCCGUUGCAGAAUCUUACGGAGAGAUUCGGAUCGUGCGCGGGCUAGUUAUUGACGUCCGUUUUGGCGUCGAUAGUCUCAACAAGCAUGAUGGGUAUCCAUUGAAAAUAGUACGCAGGGAUCGAUAAAUUUAUAUUCAUGACGAACGGGCGUACGCGUAGAAUUGAUUUGAUUCCAUCUGUAAACAGCCCCAGCUAUUUUACCCGCACGCGCACUUUGGUGUGGAUCCAGCCGCUUCUAUCUCCGAGAGCGAACAUGCCGUAACCACCUGUACUGGCGGGGUGGAAGAUUCAUCGAAUUUCGCGAACGUGCCAAGAUUCACGACUCAGCGAGGCUCCUUCUCUGCAUCUGCUUUCGCGCAAACACGGCCGCCCGACGCAGCAGAGAAGACACCUCUCUCGGAAAAGGCUGUUGACCACAAACACGCUUUUUUUCGGUCGAUGAGCUGCAGCGAAGAAAACGAAGGAACAAGAAGUGCGAGCUCAAGCAGCUCUACAGUCGGUAACUUCAUCUCCACUUCCAGCAAAAACUUCGGCAGCGAGGCGGGGUGCGCGAAAUCGUUACCACGUCCGUCAUCUGCGUCCACCCGGCGAGAAAGUUCUUCCUUGACGUUUCAGUUGCAGAUGCUCCGCCCGCAAGAGAAGGAACAGAACAGCGAAGGGCGCCGCGGCAGUGAUGCUGAAGCUGAUGGAGGAACAGCGCACCAAGUAACCAACGGGCUCCAGGAGCAUUUGGAAGCCGUCCAGUCAUCCUCCCUAACAAUUCAGGAGCUGCAGGCGGAAAGCAAUCGGCUGAAGUUCGCGCGCAGGCAGGACCAGGACACCAUUGUGAAACUGCGGGCAGAGCUCUCUUGUCUUCGACAACAGCAAAAAGUGAAAGAGCAAGCAACUACGGAAGCUCCCCCUGCGAGUGCUAGCGUGGAACGACCUAACGCAGCAAACAAACCAGAACGAGCGAGCGCCGCAGGUACAGAUGGCAAUAGCUUUUUUUCUGAGCUGCCUGCUGGUGGACCACGACCAGCGAGUCAAGGUCACGGGCACGGUCAGCCCGCGUUUGGUUCCAAGCUCCUUUCCACACAGGAGUUGCUGGAGCACGUAAAACGCGAGCGCGCGAAUACUGCCGAAACGACGACUAACGGCGUAUUACCAUCUCGCGAAGUCGUCCCGGAUGGCCCCGUCGACGUCACUUCUGAGUUCCAGUGCGGUACUACCAGCAGGGACGGCACGACUACUACUGGCAUAGUGCCAUGCGGCCGGCGGGAGGAAAAGAACGAAACUCCGCUACAGCUGCUCGAGAUAGAAAAGAACGAAAAAAUUACCCUGAAAAGAAAAAUAGUUUCGCUUUCGGAAGAAUUAGCGGAAAAAAACCGGGAAAAGGAACACGUGGAGAGCACGUGGGCGAAGCAGAUUGCGGCCCUUCGCGACGUGCUGCGAGCAAAGAGCCUAGAACUCGAGGGAAAAACGCAAUUGCACGUAAAAGCCGAGUCCAGUUUUGUUCGCAUCUCCACGCUGCUGCGGAACCUAGCAUGUAGCGGCGGUUCUGGUAGUUGUUCGAACUACUCGCAGAGGACUAGCAAUGGUCACGGUAUAAUAUCCUCAUCGGAUGCCUGCACACACAGCAUAGAACUGCAAGAUCAUCAACUUUCCAGAAUGCCUGCGCCGGCGCCGUCGAUCGAGACCAACGACAAAGAAACAACAAGCAUGAACGGUUUGGGAUGCGAGAACUCUGUGGCCGGCACCGGCGCAGUGGUCCGGUCUACUGUAAACGAGUUGGUCGAACUAGUCUUGGAGGGAUGUUGUGUUGCUGCUCCAGGGGAAACUGAGGCAUCGUCCGGAGACCGUGAAACUACAAGGGAUCAACUGUUAAGCCACUUUUUACAUCUGCAGCAGCGACUGGGUUCUGGACGUGCAGAUGCCAACGCGAAGGAAGAAGAAGAGCAGAACUCAACCAGUCCAAGUGGUGCUGCGUCGCCCGCUUGUCUUGCGGACCCAUGGUGCUCCGCAGGGUUCGACAAGAAGGACGUGAUCGCUGCGACGCAACAAGUGGGGCCGGCUCCAUUCUCUUCGGUAGCAGAGCGUCGGAAGCUCUUUGAAAGUCCGACCAAGCCAGCGGAUGAGACGGCACUACAGGGACGAAAAAGUGCAACCCCGUCACCUUGGAAGCUGAAGAACAAAGGUGGCGUUUUUCCAUGCGCCACUGUCGGAGACGACGGACAGGAUGCUUCCCCCCCUCUCGCUUCUCGUCUUGAUCGCGAGCCAUUGCGGUCGCCGCUGCCGGUGGUAGUAGACGACGCCGCUGCAGCACCUUCUUCACCAAUUGUACAUGCGGCGGCACGAGCAGUGGCGUCUUCAAGUCUACCAGAACAAGGCGAAGCACAAGGAGCCUUGAACCCUGCAUCAUCUGGCAGUACAGAUGACUCCACGGCCAUCGUGGCUACAGCUGCGUCUCGUGCAGUAGUGCCUGCCGUAGAAGAUGAAGUAGUCACGGUGGUAUCAACUCCUAGAAUCGAGCCCAGGUGUAACGACGGUGAGCGCAGUACUAGCUCCGGUAGCACACGCCACUGCGCUGGCCCAGAACAAUCUGACGUUUUGCCAAUCCACAGCAACAGCAAACCAGUCCACAGCAUCGCUGGGGACAACGGGACUGCAACGGUGCAAGCAGGAGUUUCGUCUGAAGCUGGUCUGUUUGCACAGUCCCAGAGCACCUCCGCCUCCGGUGGCGCACCACCAGAUGGAGCGACGAAGAUGAUGUCGACUACUUCCGAAGUAGACUUGUCGGCAUUAUCAACCCCGUCAAACAGCCGCCAAAACCACAAGACUUCGGAGGCAGUGCGCGUGAAACGAAAUAAAAACACGGAAUCCACUGCUACAAAAGGAAAGUCAAAAAGAUCCCUGUCGUUUCCGUCAUCACGGGCAGGAUCCAAAAGCGAUGCGAGCGCCGGCGGUGCGGCUACGAACCACGCCGAAGCGCUAGGCCUGCAACUGCUGGCGGACUGCCCGCUGGAGGGAGACCUUUUAUCUGUAUCCUCAAAUUCAACUCCCGAGAUCGUCGACGAGGAAGCAGGAGGUUUUGGGAACCUAAUUCGUUCGACGUCCUAAUGGAAGAAGCUGCAAGUUUUCACGGUGUGGAAGUGGUAGUUGCGAUGUGAUUCCGAUUACGACAGGACGAUCAAAAUCAUGAUAAGUAAAGAAGAGAGAUGUUGAGGAAGAGGAUGAUCUGCAAAGAAAGUAGAGACUCUAAUUCAUCCUCAUGUCUUCCCCUUCCACCGAUGUUUCGCCUUUGCUUUGAUCCUGGUAGGAAAAAGACAGAAUUUUCGAUUGUACAACUAGGCUGUACUACAACAACGUUUCAUGAUCUGUUUCACGCUUCGAGUUUCUAUCGUGCUUGCGCGAAAAUUGAAUGAAUAUGAUACUAUUGCAACUUGGAAUUCUGACACUGAACACGUAUGAAUAUCAAUAUGGCAGAUCGCCGCGAGCGUGGACGGCGACUCCGGUGACAAAGCUAAAAAACCAAUGAAUAAAGACGACCAGCGAUUUGUAGUAAUGAGAAGUUGUAGAAGAAGACCGAUUCCAAAAAAAACAUCGAAGUCACAACCAAGAGAUCGG